AUGAAAGAUUGUGUAACACCGGCACCUCCUCCGCCGCCAUAUCCCUAUUAUUCGCCAACAUAUACUCAUCAUCAAUACAGAUCACCAGCAUGGCAUCAUGCACUUUCAUCUCCGUCUCAUCAUUAUGAUCUAUCGGCAUUAUCUAGAUCACCUUAUCGCUAUACACCUACAGCACAUUACUAUCCUUCACAUAUAAAUGGCAGAUCUCCUCAAUAUCAAUCGAAUAGUCAAAUUCAAUAUGUUGAAGAUGAUGAAGAUGCACGAUCGGAAGAUGGUGACGAAUCAGAUUCACCAAAACCAUUCGAUAAAAAAAUGUUUAUUGGGGGACUUUCAUGGCAAACAACACCAGAAAAUUUGAAAAAUUAUUUUACUCAAUUCGGCGAAGUAUUAGAAUGUAUGAUUAUGAAAGAUGCGAUUACAAAACGAUCAAGAGGUUUCGGUUUUAUUACAUUUAAAGAGCCGAACUCGGUCGAUAAUGUUCUCGCAAAAGAAGUUCAUAUGUUGGAUGAAAAACAGAUCGAUCCCAAGCCGGCCUAUCCUCGUCAAAAACAUCCUAAAAUGGUGACACGAACAAAGAAGAUCUUUGUUGGAGGAUUAUCAGCUAAUACAACUGUUGAAGAUGUUAAAAAAUAUUUUGAACAAUAUGGAAAAGUAGAAGAUGCAAUGUUAAUGAUUGAUAAACAAACAGCACGUCAUCGAGGUUUUGGUUUUGUCACUUGGGAAUCUGAGGAUGUUGUUGAUAAAGUAUGUGCCAUUCAUUUUCAUGAGAUCAACAAUAAAAUGGUUGAAUGCAAAAAGGCCCAACCAAAAGAAGUCAUGUAUGCUCAACAGAUGGCUAAAGGAAAAGCAGCAUUACAACGUGGUGCCUAUGGUGAUAUACUCAGUGCUUAUGUAUAUGGUUUAAAUCGAAGUAUUCCAGCAACAUAUGCAGCACCAAUCUAUCCAUUUUCGCCUGGUUUACAAUCAGCACAGAUCAGUUAUAUACCCGCUACUGUUGGUCUUCAAACACCAACAUUAACGCCAGGUGGUGAACAACGUUACUUUGAAUAUCCUAUGACACCACAAGGAAUGCAUACUGGUAUUGGUCAACUCGGUCGAGAUUCAUUAUUGCAACGAAGUGGUAAUGGAAUCGAUUUUUUUCAAGCCGACCCACUUGCUGCACAAUAUUUACAGUCAACAAGCCCAUCACCUGGUUUACCUAUUGCUACGUCACUAUUAACAACACCCUAUGCUAAUGGAUUUCAUGGUCAUUAA